UCAGGCCAAAAUAAAGGUCACUUUCAGGGCGUCACUGACUUCCGGCUCAGGGCAGGACCCAGAUCAGACCCGAUGGCGGCGGAGCACGUGGUCAGCGCCUUCCAGCGGCUCCGGGCCGAGCAGCGGGGCCUCGCGGCCAAAGCUUCCGAACUGGAGAUGGAGCUGACCGAACACCGGCUGGUGAUAGACACCUUGAAGGAGGUUGAACCCACAAGAAAGUGUUAUCGGAUGGUGGGAGGAGUAUUAGUCGAACGGACAGUGAAAGAGGUUUUACCAGCGCUCGAAAUCAAUAAAGAACAGCUAGCGAAGCUGAUCGACAGUUUUGCAACACAGAUGGUAUCCAAAGGAAAGGAACUGAACGAAUUUCGAGCCAAACAUGACAUCCGUCUUGUAAACGAGGAGAAAAUGUCUCGAGAGAGCGAGGGAGCAGGGAAGAGUGGCUCAGCGGGUGUGUUAGUGUCUGAGUGACGUCUGUGUCUCUCCUUCCCUUCAUCCCUCUCUCCCUUCUGUUCGCUCCCCCUCUCAUGCUCACUCCAUCUCUUUUCUCUGUCGCUUAAUAUCUGAGGUAAGUCUCACUCCCUCUCCCUCUCACUGAGUGACAUCUUUAUCUCACUCUCUCCU